UUCUUCCAGGCUGCAGAUUCCUGAAAUACUCCCAUUCACCACAUGAUUUUGCCAUUUGUCCUCUGAACACUCCUUUUAUUGUACUCUGAACUAGUACUAACAAAAUCAGAGCUUUAUCCUUAAAUCAUUUUUGUUCUAAACCAACAAAGGCAAGAAAGGGCUCCUUUUGUUGUUCUUCAUUUUGCUCUGUUUUCGAAGGAAAAAUUCGACCUUUUUGGAAAUGGCAGACUCAGCAUCAUGGAGUGAGGAACAGAUAAUCGAAGAGAGGGAGGAACUCAUGGCUUCUGCCACAGAAGGUAUGCCUAAUUUGAGGAUUGCCCAUUUCUUGAAACCCACGGUUCCGGCCAUUAAAGCUUCCAGCUUUAAGCUCCCUUUGCUUUCACCCAAACCCAGGUGGAUAGUAGAAGUGAAUUUCUAUGGCUGGAAUGACCCGGAAAAGAAAUGGGGCAAAUGGGUUGACAGCAUGGUGUCCAAGCACCAUGGGAUAUGGAGAAAAGCUGGAAUCUUUGAGGCGAUUAUGUUGUCCAAGUAUCAAUUUCACAGGAAUACAGAACUGCUUUUUGGGGUCACAGAAAGAUGGUGCUGUGACACAAAUUCGUUUGUGUUUCCAUGGGGUGAAGCAACUGUUACGUUGGAAGACAUGAUGAUACUUGGCGGGCUUUCUGUUUUGGGCAGCCCUGUUUUCUCGCCGGUGACUGGAAAAGAGGCGGAGGCGGCGGAGAAAGGCUUGAGAAAGUUGCACGAAGGUUUGCGGGAUCACUCUGAGUGGCUGAAAUACUUCAUGGAUUCUGGGAGAAAAUUGGAGCAUGAAGCUUUUCUCUCUCUUUGGCUUUCCAGGUUUGUUUUCCCUGGCAAUGCGUUUGGUAAGAUUGGUGAACAUGUUUUUCCAAUUGCUGUUAAUCUUUCUAGAGGAAUUAGGAUUGCUCUUGCACCUGCUGUUUUGGCUAGUAUAUAUAAGGAUUUGGGCUUGUUGAAGGAAAUGCUGGCUAUGACUGCUGAGUUUGAGACCAAACCUGAUGAUGAUAGCUAUUUAUCCUUCAGCCUUUGGGCACCAUUGCAAUUAGUUCAGCUUUGGAUUUGGGAAAGGUUCGUGAUCCUUCGGCCUAAGCCGAAUUUCCUUAAAUCCGGUGACCCAAGAGCUGCUCGUUGGGGAAAUUUAGAAAGGUCUGAUAUAGGAAAUGUGAGGCCUGUUAUUAAUUCUUGUGGAGACAUUUUUCAGUGGAGACCAUAUUGUUUGUCUGUAGAUGAAUGGUCAUUCCCUAAAUUUUACCCCAAAAAAGAAGAAUGGGUACAGAUUGGUAGUAUUUGGGAUGAAGAGCUGGAAUCCUUUGCUCGAUGCUUGAGAGUUGGUGUUCUUGUUGGGAUUGAUUGUGCAGAGACAUAUCAGCCACAUCGGGUGGCAAUGCAGUUUGGGCUUGAUCAAGAUAUUCCUGCAGUCGUUCCUCGUUCAGUUGGAAACCUGGAAGUUGCCUGGAUCAAUUACAGCAAACCUUUCUGUAAGGAUUCCAGAUUGUAUCUUCCAGCUAGGCUGUUUGAUUCCGAUUUGAGUGUCCAAUAUCAGAAUUGGUGGAGACAGACUGUGACGGUUCCGGUGUGCUCAUUUCCUGGUGUUCUAAGAGGAAUGAGGACUUCCAGAGUUUUGUCUCGGAAACGGACAAGUUUAAGGCAGCACAAUGCAGCCAAGGUUGAUACCAAAGUGGUAGCAAAAGACCUUGAUGUUCCUCCUGGAUUUCCACCAAAAAGGAAGUACAAAUCCAUCGUGAAGACCGAAAAUCCACGGAACAGUGGAAUCAGCAGAAAUGGUAAUGAUCUUGAUGUUCCUCCUGGAUUUCCUCCCAAACCCAAAGGGGAAACCAUUUCCAUCUUUAAGUCUGAAACUUGUUGCAACAACAUUCAACUUGGGACAAAUGGUAAUGAAGCUAACGUGCCUCCUGAAUUUCCAGCCAGACCUAAAGAUGCUCCUAUUCUUCCUCCUAAAAUGGCUUGGAAGAAGGCAAUGAAAGAAAAAUGCAAUAGUUCACCUAGAAUUCCUAGCCAAAAGGAUGAUUCUCCUUCCAUUAGGCCAGAAGCUCCAGCCAAGCUGCAUAUUAAGGAGGAGCGCCUUGAGCCCGAUGAUGCAAAUUGUGUUCCUCCAAAGAACAACACCAACAGUCAAUCACUCAGCCCUGAAUCUUUUACCAAGAAGCGCAUUAAAGAUGAAGACAAUGACUCCAAAUUCAUUCCCACCAGCUAUACUCUUGAAUUCAACAGCAAGUUAAACAGGAAUUUGAGCUCAGGUGGAAUGAUGCCAACUUUUGGUGGUUGCAUUCAAUGCAACAGUAGGAAAGCCACCCAGGGACUAAAACCUUCUUCAGUUUCUUAA